GGGUAAUUAGCUUGGUUUGAUUAUGAGUAAAACCAAUGGCAAAGUAUACAUCGUCGGAGGGAUAUUGAUAUGUUAAUGUUCGCCCAAACCCCCAAAUUCAUUUCCUGGAAAUGGCAGAGAGAAACACACAGUACACACAGUAGCAUUGGUAUCAGUUGUUCUUCGUCUUUUUCGCGCUGCUCGUUUUCGUCUUCUCCAUCCCAACGCCCACUAAGGUAUGCAGUUCUCGGCGCUGGCUUUGCUGGCUUAUCCGUGGCUUGGAACUUGCUUCAGCACGGUUGUAAGGAAUCGCGUAUUUGCGUUGAUAUUUACGAUGAAGCCGGGAUUGGUGGAGGUGCGUCCGGAAUUGCUGGCGGUCUUGUACAUCCAUAUUCACCAAAAGUCAAGCUUCUUUGGCGAGGUGCAGAGUGCUGGAACGAGAGUUUAAAUCUCAUAAAUAUUGCCGAAGAAGCACUUCUUAAUAAGCUAGUAAAUGAGGGGAAAUUUGAAACUCCGAAAAACGGCGAAUCCCCUAUAGUCCGGAGAAGAGGGAUCUUAAGGCCGGUUGUGAAUUCGAAGAACGUGAAUAUAAUGACAGAAAAUGCUCGGAAUUGUUUAGAUAAUUGCAGAAUUGAGCCGAUCAACGAGGAAGCAGCUCAAAAGCUUGUCCCUAAUCUGUCGUUACCUUUAAACUUGGCAUUUUAUAUGCCGGACGCUUUGAACAUUAAUGCUCAAAGAUACCUUCAGGGUCUAUAUUUAGCAUGUGAAAAUCUAGCGAAUGAAAUGUCUGGAAAUUUGAGUUUUCACCGGAAAUCUGUCCCGAGUUUGAAAGAACUAGCAGGGGAAUACGAGGCAGUGAUUAUCUGCUUAGGAGCCCGAUCGGCCUUUCUUCCGGAACUUUCGGGAAGGCUGCCUCUGAGGGCAUGUAGAGGCAUCAUUGCUAAACUGCAACUUGGUGAUGAAAUGAGAGAAGAAUAUCAAGAGCACAGCCCCUCGAUUCUAUCAGAUGCCUGGCUAGCAGUACACGGACCCCGCAAUAUAGAUUUAGGAUCCACUUGGGAUUGGAAAUCGGAGAACUACUCGCGUGACAUCACAUCCGAUGAAGCUUCCAAUUCUAUUGAAACCCUAAUCGGAAAGGCAUCUUCUGUUUAUCCAGCUGUAAGAAAUUGGACAGUAACUAGAGCAGUUGCAGGACUGAGGGCAAUGCCACCGCUCACUGAAAAUGGAUCGCUUCCAAUUUUGGGUCGCUUAGAUGAAUGUAUCGAUUUGGGGCAUUCUUGUAAAUAUUGGUUAUUUACGGGGCUUGGUGCAAGAGGUUUAUUGUUCCAUGGUUGGCUUGGCAAACUUUUGGCAAGAGCUGUGAUCUCCUGUGAUGAGGAUUUGCUCCCUUGUGAAUUAACAUCGUGGAAGCAUAAAAUGCACCGGUAAAUAAUUAACGUUCUCUAAUGAGAUGGUUUACGACAAAAUUAAUAAUUAAUUUAGAUUUGUUCCCUACAA